AUGGAACAUUAUAUUAAACCACAAACAACUAUUGUCUUACAUGUGAUUCCAUCAUCUAUAGAUUUUACAAUUUCAGAAUCGAUUCAACUUGCAAAAAAAAAUGAUCCACAAUAUGAAAGACAAUUGAUUGCGGUAUCAAAGAUUGAUAAGUAUGAUAAAGGUAUUGGACCAGGUUCAAUGGUACUUAAACUUGGUUGUGUAGCUGUGCUUAAUCAUACACAAGAGGAAAUCGAACAGAAUAUUUCAUUUGAUAAAAUACGACGACAUGAACAAGAAUUUUUUCAUACUAAUAAAGCAUUUGAAGAUGUACCGGAAUGA